CUUAAUUCACGGUGUAAUAAAGCGGAAAGUAUUGUUAAAACAUGGUACAUCUCGACGAGGUAGAUAACCUCAUGAAUCAAAUGAUGAAGGUGCCAAUUUUUUCACAUUCUGAAAAACAUCGAUUAUUGAAAGAUGAUAAUAAAGGCUUACUUGAUCCUAAUUUAAUUAUGGACACGAGACAUAAAGUAAUUCGAGAUACACUGUUCAAUCCUGAUGCAAAUUGUUCUGCUUUGAUCGAGGCUAAAAGAUUAUUGAAAGAAGAGGAAAUUAAAGAAAUAUGCCUGAAGAAAGAACAAACUUUUCUUGAAAUGGAAUUAAGAAAAUUCGAGAAUGAACUUCAUAAGUCCCGCCCAAAAUUUCAACAUAAAUAUAGAUGCAAUAGGAAAAAUCUAGCCAAUUCAAACGACGAGGAUUUUUGGAGUAUAUCCAAUAGAAUAAAGGUGGACGUUAAAACAGUCUAUAGAUCAAAGGUACAAACUUUUGGAAAGAAAAGCAAGCAAAUGUCUGUCGAAGAAUUAUCUCCGAUAUUUGAAAAUUCUAAUACUAAUGAAAUCAAUAGAAAUGACGAAAAUGAAUCUUUCGGAAAUAUUAAAGUAACUAUCAAGGAUAAAAUUAAUUUCGAUUCGGAGGAAGAACGAUUGCAGUUAAUGAAAAAAUAUUUUGAAUUUUUACAAAAAAAUUCGAUAGAAGAACGUCGAUUUCGAGAAAUAAAGACAAAGAUACAAGAAAAUAUAGCUUCCAGAAGAUUAAAAACAUAUUUUCAAAAUUGGAAAACGUAUACUGAACAUAUAAAAAAUACUGCAAAAAUAAAAAAGGAAUCGCAAGAUGUAUCUCACGAACGUAAGAUCGAAAUUUUCAUUAAUGAAAUUACGGAGAAACAAAAAGAAUUAGGAAAAAAUUCUAAAUCACAGGCAAAAAAUAAUACAUCUUUUAAAAAUAUACAAGAAAGCGAAGAUAAAAAAAAAUUAACUCGUCAAAAGAAACAUUUUGCGUUCGAAUCUCUUGUACAAAAUCGUUUAAAUGCUCAGAAAGUUAUAAUCGAAAAGCAGAGAUCUAAAUUGGCUGAACAAAAUAAAAUUAUCGAAGAAUUUAGAUUGAAACAAAUUCAAGAGGAAUUAGUCAAAAUGGAUAAAGAAACCACGAAUGCUGCUAAAGAAACUUUGAUGUAUUGUGGUCAAAAAACAAGAAGAACUUUAAUUCAAUUAAUGAGGCAAACUGGUCACAGAGAUAAAUCUAUGACUACACCACAGCAAGCACCAAAUCCACCAAAAUUUAUUAUGAGGAUGGAAGCUCGAGCAGAAGCAAGAAGAGAACGAUUAAGAAAGGCGAAAGAAACUCGUCGAAAGAAAUUAGAAGAACAAAAGUUGACAGAAGAAGCAACUAAACGAGAAGAAGAAGAAAAAAGAAAAAAGUUACAUCAAGAGGCCAUGCGAGAAACGAAAAAGCUACGUGAAGAACAAGAAAAAUGUCGAAUACAAAAAUUGGAGAGAUUGAAAGAGUUAAAUACAAUAGCCAACAAAUUCUAUUACAAAUAUUUAUUUCGACACUAUGUAAUAGGACCGUUUAAAAAACUCAUAGAAAUAAGAAAUAAUAAUAUUCAAAAAGCAAACGAUCAUUAUAAAAAGUUGCUAUUAUUGCAAACUUUUACUGUUUGGAAAAGGAGGACAAAAGAACAGUACGAAGUUAAACUUGAACUUGCCAUUUCCUUAUAUGAUAGGAAUUUAUUAUGGUACACAUUUAAACAUUGGACGAAUAUGGUAAAAGAACAAAGUACAAAACACCAAGUUGCCAAAGAUUUCUAUGAUAUGAAAUUGCAAGAAAAAUGUUUCCUUGCACUAAGAUCAAUUGUUAAUCAACUAAAAUUAGAAUAUUUAAAAAAUGUACAAAUGGCACAGGAACAUUAUGAUAGUAAACUUAUGAAUAAGUACUUUAACAAAUGGAGAGAUUAUCCUACAAUAGCUGAAAUGAUUAAAGAAAGUGAAAAACAAAGGAACAAGUGGAGAGAAAUAGUACAAAAAAUAGUUCCUGAUUUUGAUCCUAAGGAGAGAGGAGUAGCACUAGAGGAUUAA